AUGAGCGGCAGGAAGUUCACUUUUUUCUCUGAUAAUGGCAGUAAAUGCAGCAAACUUGAUCGGUUCUUAGUAAAUUCUGACUUCUUUAACUCAUGGCCGGCGGCUAGUUGUCGGGUGCUUCCAAGACUUUGGUCGGAUCAUAAUCCUAUUGUUUUGGUGUGUCGGUCGAGGAACUUCAGCCCGCGCCCUUUGCGGUUUUUUAAUUCGUGGAUUAGUAAAUCGGGCUUUGAUGAUGUCGUGACCAAAGCUAUUUCUGAGUUCGAUUUGAUUGAUGUUAAUCCUGACAUUACUCUGAUUAGAAAGCUAAGUUUCAUUAGAGACCGGUUGAGAGCGUGGAAAGAUGAUUUGAAUCGGAAGGAAGGUGAGGAAUUGGAAGCCGCUAAGAAUGAACUCGAGACUUUAGAAGCUAUUCUUGACCAUAGAGAUUUUACCGAGGAGGAGGAAUGGAUGUUUUACGAAAACAAGAGUAUUAUUUGUAACGCGGAAGAGACCCAAGCCUUGGACCUUAGACAGAAAUCUCGAAUCAGAUGGGCGAAAGAAGGAGACGAAAAUUCUAAAUUUUUUCACGCUAUGAUCAAUAUCAGGAAAGCUAGCAACACGAUCCAUGGGUUUGAAGUGAACGGGGUUUGGACUUCCAAACCGUCACUCAUGAAAAAGGAAGUCUUUCGGUUUUUUAGAGAUAAGUUUGUGGAGGAAGCCGUUAGUAGACCCCAUAUGAUGUGCUCUCAUAUUAAGAAGAUUUCUGCGUCGACUGCGGCUAGUUUGGAGGCUCGUUUUUCUAAGGAGGAGAUUAAAGUGGCGGUUUUCGAUUGUGGUAAAGAUCGGGCUCCUGGUCCCGAAGGCUUUAAUUUUAGAUUUUCACCCAUUUUUGGGAUCUUUUUGCUUCGGAUUUCUAUAACAUUUGGAUGCCUUCUUUGCUUCGAGGAAGUUAAGUAA